AUGCUCGGGAGUGGGAAUUUCAAAAAUACGUUAAGUAGUGCGGAUAAUGAGUUAGGAAGUAAGUUAAAAAGAGGUUACAGUAUUCGAAAUUCUGCUGGCCAAAUUAUGGACGCCCUGACCCUGGUAUCUAAAGUGAAGGGACAAGGCACAGACAAUAAUGAUAUUUGUACAUGGUUCUAUUACUGGUUAGGGGGUGAGGUAAAUAAAAAUGAAAAGAAGGGGAUCUUUUCAACUGUUAUGAAUGAUGUAUACGCUGCCCUGGGAAGUAUUGCCAGUAUGAGUAGCUGUAACCCCUUAAGCCAUCAUAGUAAGUGGGAAAUUUUCGAACAGGAAAAAACAAAGUUUGAAUUCAACCAAGACUACAAUCCAAGCACAGAGCAAUUACAGAAGUAUUAUGAUUCAUGUGAUAGUGGAUAUCAUGCAUCCCAAACAACUCUUCCAACUUUCCGUAAUGUACAGGAACAAUGUAAGAGUACUGACAAUGAUCCGUACUGUGCCAAAUUCAUGAGGAAAUAUAGUAAAUACUGUACACAGGAACCAUUAGGAUUAAUGUGUAUGUGGAAACAUCCCGCAGAACAUACUUCCGCUUCUACAGGAACCUGGAAACCCGGAUCUUCCGGCGCAGGUUCCUCUGCUCUUGGUAGUACGGGUAAUGAAAACACUGGUAGUCCAAGACCAGGUUCUUCCGGUACCGGUAGUACUGCAACUUGCAAUUCAAGUCCCCCUUGUCCAAAGAAACCUUCUGCUGGAGAUGACUUCGACUUAGGAGACGCCGUGGUAGAUGCUCCAGAUAAGGAAGGAAAGAAGCCUACGGCAACACCAAAGAAACCGUCUGCUGGGGACGACUUCGACCUUGGCAAUGCCGUCGUAGAUGGUGGGGUGGAUGGUGUCUCUGGUGGAGAAGGAAAAGGAGGGAGCGACGGUGGUGGUAGUCACAGAAAAGAAGGGGAAGAAGGUGGUGAUGGAAGUGGUGCCUUACCUGGUGCUGUGUCUGGUGGACUUGCUGCAGUGGGACUUCCCACAAUCAUGUUCCUUUUAUAUAAAGUAAUUGUGUCUCAACAUUUAAAAUAUAUAAAUAAUUAUACUUCACUAUUUUCUGGGAUAAAAAGCUCCUUUGGGAAGAGCAGAAGAAGGAGAUCCGCCAUCGGACAUGAAUUAAAUGCAUUCUCGGAGGACAAUUCUACCACAUUUGGUUCGACAGUAUAUUCAACAGAAGUUUCGUCAUCAAAUUUAACAGCAGUAGAAUCAUCAAUAGCAGAUUCAACGGAUGUUUCUACCGUAUAUGGUGGACCAGCCACGAGAAGAAGAAAUAAUAGAAGAGGAGGAGAAAACAGGAGGAAUAUUCCUUAUCAACGUAUGUAG